UAACAGCUCAAUCAACAGUUCAAUGACAAAUAACAAAUAUCGUUUGACUGAUAAUCUAAAGAUGUAUAGUAAUUUAUUGUAUUUAUAUAUAUAUUGAUUAUAAACAUAGAUAUAUUAGUAAUUAUAUCAUAAAAUUUACAAUGGAUUCAUAUAUAAUGCAGUUACGGCGUAUGUGGCUCAAUCAAGAUGGAGAUGUAUUAGCAGAUUUACUUUCCCUUAAACACAAUCAUAUUUUGAUACCUAAUAUUGGGUCAGAAGCAGCCAUGACAAAGGCAAUGGAGCAUUUGUCUGCUCCUUUCGAUGAUCUAGUACUUUACCACUUAAAGACUAUAGCAGCAAUGAAUAAAGAUGACCAAUUUACAAUGUACAAUUACCAAAGUUCAGCAGUUCAAUCUUUAACUAAAAUUCUUCAAAUGCAGAAAGAAGAGAAUUGGAUGCUGCGAGUUAUGAACGUUAUGUGUUUAGAAUUGAGAUUAUUAGCAGUUCGUACAGAAAGUUCAAAAACAAAUAGAAAUAUGAAACCAGGAGAAGUUCUUGAAAAAUGUGCGGAAUGUUUAAUGGGUUGUUUUCGAGUAUGUGCUGCUGACAAUCGCAGUUCAGAAUAUGAUACAAAAAGAUGGGGAAUGUUGGCAUUAGUUAAUCAGUUGCUAAAAGUUUACUUUAGAAUUAAUAAGUUACAUUUAUGUAGACCUCUAAUAAGAGCAAUAGAAUCAUCUCCAUAUAAGGACCAUUUUGCAUUAGCUCAACAAAUUACAUAUAAAUUUUUUGUUGGUCGUAAAGCUAUGUUCGAUAGUGAUUACAAAACUGCUGAUGCAUAUUUAACAUAUGCAUUUGAACAUUGCCAUAAGCAUUCUCACAAAAAUAAAAAAUUAAUUUUAACGUAUCUUGUCCCAGUUAAAAUGUUGCUUGGAUAUAUGCCAAAGAAAACUCUUUUAGAAAAAUAUAACCUGAUGGAAUUCUGGGAAUUAGUAGAAUCUGUAAAGAAAGGAGAUUUACGUAGUUUAGAAAGAGUGAUGGCAAAACAUGAAACAUUUUUUAUCGAUGCUGGAAUAUACUUGAUUGUUGAAAAGUUAAAAUUAAUUGCCUAUAGAAAUCUAUUUAAGAAAGUGUAUCUUGUAUUAAAUACACAUCAGAUACCAGUGCAAAGUUUACUUUCAGCUUUGGAAAUGCAUGGUAUUGAAGAUGUAGACAUGGAUGAAACGGAAUGUCUUGUUUCAAACUUAAUAUAUGAAGGAAAAAUAAAGGGAUACAUAUCCCAUCAACAUAAAAAAUUAGUUAUUUCAAAACAAAAUCCAUUUCCUAUAUUAUCUACGAUACUGUAAAAAUGAUCAAUAUUAUUAUUUAUUAUAUAUAUAUACUAACAUAAUAAAGAUUUAUAAAACACAUCUA